AUGACUAACAGUGCAUUGGACGCAGAGACCCCGACAGCUGAUACAGCGGCCGAAUCGAUAGCAGAAGGAGAUACGGGAGUGGCCUACGUUGACUCAGAAGCAACCCAUUUCAAGAAGGAGAUGGGUUGGCUUUCAAUCGUAGCUGUGUCUUUCGACAGUAUGGCAACAUGGAACACCUUUCCAUCAACGUUGCUGGUAUCUUUUGUCUACGGUGGGCCUGCUGCUACUGUAUGGGGCAUCAUCCUCGUUGGAAUCAUCUACAUACCCAUUGCCUUGACCCUCUGCGAACUGGUAUCGGCGUAUCCUAGUAUCGGUGGACAGUAUCACUGGUCUGGUAUCUUGGCACCUCCCAAGUAUCGACGGGGUAUCAGUUACAUUUGCGGAAGCAUCAGCUGGUUUUCAUGGAUAACGCUCACGGCUGCAGGAGCUGGCGCGCUUUCUAAUUUUGGAAUUGCAUUCAUCUCGUGGCUAAACCCGACAUAUGAGGCGAAGAAUUGGCACGUUUUCUUGUUCUACCAAUGCAGCAACAUUCUGAGUUUCGCCGUCAAUGCUUGGGGACACGCGUUUCUGACAAAGAUCUACAAAGCAAGCUUUGUUUUCAGCAUAUUCGCUUGCUUCACGAUCUUCAUUGCGGUAUUGGUGGGCCAAAAAGAGAAAAGAUCAAACAGCUUUGUCUGGACUAGCCUGAUCAACAACACUGGAUGGCCGGAUGGGCUCGCAUUUUUGAUCACGCUUAGUGGGCCAACCGUCAUGUACUGCCCCAUUGACGGUGUCGUUCAUCUUGUGGAAGACACCAAGCGGCCUCGAACCGUCAUUCCAAAGGCGAUCCUGACCAGCCUGGCCAUAUCCUUCGUAUGCGCAACAGCCUUUGGAGUUGGUACAACUUACUGCAUUUCUGACUUUGAAGCUGCACUUACAUCUCGCACUGGUUUCCCAGCCUUUGAGAUUUGGAGACAAGCUAUGGACUCGGAUGCAUGGGCCUUGGCCUUUUUGUCUUUCCUUCUUAUCAUGGUCCCGGCUAGCACAUUUACGACGACUCAGAUUGUGUCCAGAAUGACCUGGAGUUUCGCCAACGACAAAGCUCUGCUCUUCUCCGAUUUUCUGAGCGCAGUUACUGCCAAAGAUAAAGUACCUAUGGGAGCUCUAUGUUUCAAUGCAUUCUUGAUCUUUUUAAUCGGCUGCCUUUAUCCAAUCUCCUCAACUGCAUUCAUUGCCAUCUUGAAUAUUUCUGUUGUAUUCCAGCAGAUAACUCUUGCCUUCCCGUCCGCACUACUAUUGUAUCGCCGGCGCGAUCCUCACUACUUGCCACGGGACAUCCCCUUCAAGAUGCCCAAUAUUCUUGGAUGGGUGUCCAAUAUCAUCUCCGUGGUAUAUGCCAUAGUGGCUGUCAUCGUAUUCCAAUUUCCCUGGUCGGCAGAGGUCGAGUUUUCUACUACAAUGAGUAAGUCUUAA